AUGUUCGACCAAACUUCAGGUCAGGUCUUUACAGAAUAUGUCAUGUCUCGAGGAGCUCUCGCCGAAUCUGAUGACGACUCGGCAGAUUGGAGUCGGCGUCGCCCAUAUCCCUCCUUCACAGCUCGUGGGCCGCAUGGACCUCGUCCUUUGGUAGAUAUAGCCAUCAGUGUCCUUGCGGAUAACAUUGGCAAGGUUCGUUCUGGGGCACAUCUCGAGAGUAUUCCAAGUAAUAUGCUAUGGCGCAUUUGGCGGUAUCUAGAGGCCAGAGGCGUGUGUCUUCAUGCAUGGAAGAUCUUCUCAAAAAUCCUUCUGGACGAUCAGGAUGACAAAACUCUUGGACUGUACCGCUUUCGGCAACAUAUCUGCCGUCCUGGCACCGAUCUCACCCGCUAUACCCAACCCUUAACAGCACCACCCACAGACUUCAUUACGCACCUUGUUCUCACGGGUGGAUGCUCUUUCAGCACUCAUGAUCUGCUAUGUCUAGCUGAUAUGCCUAAUCUUGGUGCUCUUGAACUCAUCCAACCGGCCGAUGAGCUCCGGAUUGUCUUCCCACGCGUCUCGGAUCGUCUCGUCCGGGGGUGGACUGAGAAGAAGGACCCGUUCCCCUUGUUGCGCAUAUUAAGAAUAUGGGGCGAUCAGUCCACAACGCAUGAAUCUCUCGAGUGGGUAUCCAAGUUCCCUUCUCUCGCUCUGUACGACGUCAUGGGCGCAAGGGAGGAUUGGACUAGGAGCUACGAGGCAGCAUUGGAGAAUGGGUGGGAACAAGACGACGCACCAUCCGGGUUAGAGGACUCAUUAUUACGAUAUCUCAUGCUAUUCGCACCGCUGGAGGAAACCAGGAGUAAGCCUCUUCGUGACCUUGCGGCGAGUAUCGACAACGACUUGGUCUCCUUAUGUAGCGACUCUCGAUGUGCUGUCAAAUUCGUCAAGGACUAUCAAGCACCGCCUCUUCUCGACUACCUUACAGAUACAGCAAAGGUACAGACACCCUCAUGGGAUACUGAUGCCGCAUCUCGAGAAGCUCGUGCAUGUCACGGCGUUGCUUUCGAACCCUGGGCGUUUUGGCUAUACUCCUUUUUAGGACAAUUAAGUUCGGAUCAAGACUUGGAGGCUCGUGGUGCUCGUCCCUCCACAAAAGCCGUCGCUAGUCCUUUUGUUCUGCCUUCACGGCCACUUGCCUGUCUUCAUCUAGGACACAGUUCUCGGUAUGGUGGUAUCGGUACGAGACCGUCAUAUGUCAGUAGAGGGUUGUUCGCGACUCGAAGAUACACUUUUGCACGAGACGCUGCAGGUCGAGGUACAGCGAGCGCAAAACCAGCGCCGAUUCCUAAGAAAGGACCCAGCCUGGUAGCUUCGGAACGUUCGGCGCCUGUUUUGGCGUUGAGGAAGCAGAAGAGGAAAAGACUUGAUGAUGUCCUAGAGGCCUUCUCAAGGUGA